UUGCUGCAGGAUCACAGAACUGCUGCUGACGGAGAAAUAUUCCCGUUGGAUAUGGCGGAGAAUUCGGUUGAUGACCUUUAUGUCGGCUGCAAAAAGAACAUGUCAGACCGGGUCAAGACAGAAUUGUUAGAAAGGGAACUCAAUAACUCACCUGAAUUUAAAACAGUCUGGCAGAUUGGUGAAACGAAUGCCACGAUCCCAAAUGAUAACUUGACAGAGAAUCAUUCAGUUGCCAUUUAUGUAUACACUAACUCACGUUUCAAUCUAUAUCAGGUUUUCAAUAAUGCUGUUCGUACUGAUAAACAAAUUUACAAAGACAAGACAUUCACAUGGUAUUCACUUUUCUUUUUGCUGACAGAAGCGAUUCUGAAGGAAACACAAAAUGGAUGCAAGUUAACUUAUCGUGGAACAAAUGUUGAAUUUAAUAAGAAUGUUCUGAACAAACAGGUUCGUUUUGGCCAGUUUGCUUCAUCCUCUGUUGAUCGUACAGAAGCAGAAGUGUUUGGAGAUGUAUCUUGUUUUGAAAUCAGAACUUGUGAAGGUGUUGAUCUGACAAAAUAUUCUAGUUUUCCUGAGGAGAAAGAGGUGUUGAUUCCUCCAUAUGAGAAGUUUAAUGUCAUUGAUAUCAAAACAAGAACAGAUCAUGAAGAUCUCUGGUGUGAAACUGUGUACACAUUGGAAAGCACUGGAGUAAGAAGUGACCUGAACUGUGCUUUCUUCACUAAUCAAGUGGAGAAACAUCAAACAACAGCAUUUAACAAUAAUGUAUUUUGCAGAUGCAUUCAUUAACAGCUGCUUACAUUGCAUUCAAGGCAUAGAUUCCAUCAGUCACAGCAGAUUUUAAGAAGUUGCUUUGUGCAACAUCAGAUGAGGAGACACAGAGUCUAUCUCACCGACAGAGAAAUUC